AUGAAUAAUCCAACAAUUCAGAACACAAUCGAUCAAUUUUUUAAAGUAAAAAGAAAAAGUAGUAUCCUUAGUGGGGACAUAGAAAAAAAAAAAAAAAGAGUAAUUUUAGAAGAAGUAGAAGAAAAAUCCUUGGAAGGUAGUUUAAAAGAAGAAAAUGUAAACAUUUUGAAGACGAAAAAAAUUAUGAAUAAUGAUGAGGAUAUAGAAAAGAUGGGUACAAUAAGUAAUAUUAGUAUGAGUACUAGUACAAUAGAUAAUGAAAUAAAUAAUAAUGUAAAACAAAAUGUUUGUGAACAAGGAUAUAUGGAAGAAAUAAAGAAGUUAAUGCAUAUAGAAUGGUAUGAGCUAUUAAAAGAUGAAUUAAAAAAAAACUAUUUUAAAAAUAUGUAUUUAAAAAUAAAAGAAGAAAGGAAAACAAAAGUUAUAUAUCCACCUGAACAAUUAGUUUUUAAUGCCUUUUUAAAAACACCAUUGUCAAAUAUUAAAGUAGUUAUAGUAGGUCAAGAUCCCUAUCAUCAAAAAGAUCAAGCCAUGGGAUUAUGUUUUUCUGUUCCUAUAGGAGUAAAAAUACCUCCAAGUUUAAAAAAUAUUUUGAAAGAAAUGAAACAAAAAAGUAACCAUGGAAAUUUAAUAAGUUGGUCAGAACAAGGUGUAUUUUUAUUAAAUACUUCUUUAACAGUUGAAGAAAAUAAACCAGCAUCACAUAAAAAUUAUGGAUGGGAAACAUUUACUGAUACAGUAAUUAAUAUAAUAAAUCGUCAAAAAGAAAAAAUCAUUUUUAUGUUAUGGGGUAAUUUUGCUAUUAAAAAAUGUAAAAAUAUUGACAUAAAUAAACAUUUUAUAUUAAAGGCUGGACAUCCAUCACCUCUAAGUAUUAAACAUUUUGAAAACUGUAAUCACUUUGCAAAGUGUAAUAAAAUAUUAGCACAACAUAAUUUGACGCCCAUCAAAUGGGAGCUACCCCAAUGA